AUGGUCACCAAAGUUUCUGCUCGGAACCAUGGAGGUGAAGUGCGCCUGAAAGCCGCCGCUUCCUUCGCCGAGUCUGGCGAUAUUCACGACAUCAUUGAUGAAUUGUGGAAAGGAGCUGGCUCGAAGAAGCAGGCGCUUAUCGAUACUGAAAUCGAUCUUCUUCUCAAGCGCACAGAUCAGACACCUUUGGAGCCUUAUGACAUUAUUUCUGAUCCGAAGACUGUUGUUGCGCUUUCGCUUCUGUAUAACAGCAUGAUCAGACGGGUGGUUGAUAAUGCAUCGGAGUCAGAGUCGACGGUCUUGACUUCAAAGGGUCGGCCAUCGCGUAGAUGGACUUUGUUUGGCGCCGUGAAGCCUAGACGUGAUAGUAUCAACACCCCGGUCUACCUGCCACUCAACCACGAAACGGCUGAAAUCUUUGACCAAAACCUUCAAUCAUUACACGACCUUGGAUCCAAGGCACUCCUGACAUUGCAUGUUGAUAUUCGCUGCGGCAUCAUCCACAUGCUGACCAAGACCAUGGCGGGACCGAACCCGCCAACUGUUCGGAAUUCUGAGCCUACGACUCCAUCUCCAAGCACCAAUGAAAGCUGGUGGCAUAUUGUUUUGAACCAGCCAACGGCUGCCUCUCCGUCGAUUCUCCAGUUGAAUGGAGACCUGAUUGCAUUCGACACUAAUAUCUCCACCUACCUCGGCCCCGCGGAACAUUGGUUCAUCGCUUCGGGACUGGCUCGCUUCAUCGAUCGUGUGUUUGUAGCCUGUACUCGAUACAUUGGUGCUAUGAAUGAGAAUGGUGCUCUGCGCCUGCAGCUGGAUGUGCUGGUUUUGCAACAGAACCUCAAGAACAUCAUCAUCGACACCACUACGAACUCGGUGACGAGCCCCGUCGACCCUGCCACUCAAGAAAUUGUGGCAUUGCCCCGCAGUGCCAAGUUCCUGGAUUGGUUCCUGGAAGGAGCCGAAAAGUCCCUCGAGUACGCUAAGGAGGAGAAAGAGGCGUUCGCGGCGCAGGGUGACAAGGCACUAGCCGCUGGUGACGGAGAGCCAUUUACUUACGACGAGCUCCGUGUACUUGUGGAUCUGUGUUUCUCAGAGAUGCUACGGGGCCCUCGCGGCGCAGAGAGUCGUGAAGACUUCAUGGCCGCUAAGAAGGCCAGCGCCGAUGCACUGCUGCAUUUGAACGAGGUGAUGUGGGAUGCGCGAUAG